UACUACUAUCUCAAAACAUACUUCAAAUCUUGUAUUAAAAAGGAAUAAGAAAUGGGUUCGGUACGAUCAUUUUGUACGUUCUUAGUGAUCUUCCUUAGUUGUCUUGUCGCGGUUCAUGGCCAAGGUACGAGGAUCGGGUUCUACUCGACCACGUGCCCAAAUGUCGAGACGAUUGUUCGGAACACCGUGACAUCUCACUUUGGUUCAGAUCCAAGAAUUGCACCAGGGUUAUUGAGAAUGCAUUUCCAUGAUUGUUUCGUCCAAGGUUGUGAUGGUUCGGUGCUUUUGUCCGGACCUAACUCUGAAAGAACCGCUGGUGCAAACACUAACCUCCGUGGUUUUGAGGUCAUUGACGAUGCCAAGACGCAGCUUGAGGCGGCAUGUCCUGGUGUUGUCUCUUGUGCUGAUAUCUUAACGUUAGCGGCUCGUGACUCCGUUACUCUCACGCAAGGACAAAGCUGGCAAGUACCAACAGGACGUAGAGAUGGACGAGUUUCCUUGGCAUCGAACGCUAACAAUCUUCCUUCUCCAAGUGACUCCGUAGCCAAUCAACAAAGGAAAUUUUCCGCUUUUCGCCUCACUACUCGCGAUCUAGUCGCUCUUGUUGGAGGACACACGAUAGGAACAGCUGCAUGUGGGUUCUUCACGAACAGAAUAUUCAACACGACCGGGAACACAGCAGAUCCAACCAUGGACCAAACAUUCGUACCAACACUUCAAAGACUUUGUCCCCAAAGCGGAGACGGAUCAGCACGUGUGGAUCUUGACAAUGGAAGUGGAAACACAUUUGACGUAUCCUUCUAUAACAAUCUUAGCCGUGGUAGAGGGAUUCUUCAAUCCGAUAACGUUCUUUGGACUAACCCGACCACAAGAUCCAUAGUGCAAGAGUUCAUGGCUUCGAGCAGUAACUUCAAUGUUCAGUUCGCGAGGUCAAUGGUUAAGAUGAGUAAUAUUGGUGUCAAGACAGGGAGAAAUGGAGAAAUCCGUAGGGUUUGCUCUGCUGUUAAUUAAUCGGUGAUUACUGGUGAUUAAGUUAUUAUGUCUUAACUUAUUCAAAUGUUUGAUGGAAAACCCAAAAGUGGGUUACUCAUUUGUAUUCCAUUUCUUUCUAUUUGAUUUGGUGAAAUGAAUAAAGUUUAAUUUUGUUACAAGAAA